AUGAAUCUACCGAAAUGUAUACCCCACUUGAUUAUAUCGUAUAAACAAAAAUGUAAAAAUGUUUGUCAUCUAAUGACCACUACUUCCCUAUUAUUAAUAUCACCUUCACCGUUAUCAACGAAGUCUGAUGAAAUAAACAAACCAAAUGGUUAUAAAAUACUAAUGAAAUCAUCAUCAGUUCGAUUACGAUUAGAUAAUUUACCAACACGUGUACAACAAUAUUUUAAUUUUACUCCUUCUGAUAAACCAUCCGAAUUUAUUACUGUAUUGUCAAGUGAUAUACAAAAAGUGAUUAGGAAAACCCAUUGUUCAGUCAACUUUAUUAGUGAUGAUUUACAACCUCCGUUACUUCAACUGAUUUCCAAAGAUGAUACAUCAAAUGUCAACAAAUCAUUACGUAAAUAUGGGAUUAAUUUGCAGGGGAAAACCCGAGUAAAAGUGAUUGAAUUUAGUUCUAAUAUAGACGAUAAUAUGUUUAGAGUCCGGGUGAAACAGGCAGAAGAUUUUUUACAAGCAGAUCAUUUUGUAGUUAUAAUUAUUAAAUUGAAACAUCUUAAAAAAUUAUUGUCGAAAAAAAAUAUACAGUCUACGACUACGAAAGCGGGUGGCGGUGAACAGCAGUUGCGAAAUUUGGGGAAGGUGGAAUAUGAGAAAAAUGUUACAAAGUACGCUAGAAUAUUUGAAGGUAUACCUUAUUGCAAAGUACACAAUAUUGAUCGACCGAAUGUGUUAAAUAUUGUUAUGACUCUAGAACAGUGUUUCUCACAGUGGCAUAGAUCUGAUAUUGGUAGACAUUCCUAUAUUUGUAAAUUAUUGUUUGGUAAAUCACAAGAUCCAUCACAAUUCAUUUUUGGAUUAUUUUCUGAAAUAACAUGACUUGGUAUGUUUACUUAUUUAUCCAAAAUUUUUCGAUUAAAAACAAGUCCUCGUGUCUAAGUUGGUUGACAAUAUCUUUACAACACGUAGUUUCUUCUGUUGUUCACACCAUACUCAUUAGAGUUUAGUGAACAUGUAGUGAGGCCUUUGAAUGUCAUCGGUUGUUGUAAUGGCGCCUGUGUAUUCUAAAAAUCAUGAAAUAGUCAUUUGGCUGAGCGUUGAUUCAGCAAUACAUAAACUAAACACAAUAACGUCACAUGAGAAUUUUCCAUACUAUAUGUAUAUACAUUUAUUACUCGAUCUAUCAAAUGUACAUCCUACAUUUGUCAAAUUAGAUAUUCUUGAUUUAGCUGACAAUUCUCCCGAAUUUUUUUGUCGUGCA